AUGAAUUUCUCGCGCCCAUCAGAACCUGGUAACCACCCAAAUGGUGUGACGAACGGCUCGAGCACCGUGGCCACUAACGGUGUUGCCAAUGGAACGACAAGUAUUCCCAAGCCAGGCUUGAGAUAUGGCAUGUUCUCCAACUGGAAGCCUCAUUCGCAGAAGAAGGACGAUCGUGAGGAAGCGCUGGAAGUGAUUCGAAAUGGGUUGCCCAAGAUGACCAGAGUCAAGGCUGUUCUCGGAUUGGAUAUUGGUCUAGACAGUGGGCCAAUCUACAUUGAUACGCGGGAGGAGCCUCGCAUCCUGCAGACAUUUGACGGGGAACCUGACUGCCAUGUGAAAAUCAAGCCUCGCUAUAUCAUUGCGUUCGCUCAGGGUCAGCUGGAGCCGCGAUUUGCUCUGUUCAAGGACGGCUUCUUCGACAAAUCGACGCUGCCAAAGGGGGAUAUUAAGGUUGCGGUCAAGUUCGGUGACGCCCUCUGCCCUGUGGAUCCGGUCAACCCUGUGUCGCCCAAGCCUGGCAGCAGGUUACCAACUCCCACAGAAGAUAUCGAUCAGGUUAGACGCGAUCUGAAAGAGUUUGGCUAUGGCUUGGUGAAAAAUGCUUUGACCCGAGAUCAAGUCGAAGUUUUGGCGGAAGCCGUUCGUCAACAAGGACGUGGGGAGAUGGAAGCUGGUGUUGCCGCGAGAGAUGGGGGCCCGAACACGCCAAACCAAAGGAUCUGGACGUUGAUCAAUAAAGGACAGGAGUUCCUUGAUCUGCUAGAGCAUCCCCUAAUUGAUGAGGUCAUCCCAGAAAACUUGGGUGAUAACUUUCUGGUCCACAGCUAUAGCGCGAACAUUGCCCGGCCAGGCAAUGACGCGAUGAUGUUGCAUACAGACCAGGUCGGGAUUCAACCGCCAGUUCGGAACUUGUACUUUGGCAUCAACAUCAUGUGGUUUCUGACUGAUAUCACGGCGGAAAAUGGUGGAACGAGGGUGUUUCCGGGCAGUCACCUCGGUGCCAUUGCCCCUGAUGGUGAGUCGAUCUUUCUCCUUACUUCUGUAUUGGAUUCCAACCGAACGGGCGUUGGCUACCCUGGUUGCCGAGGAAUCGUGAUCUCGAAUGACGCCACUAACUUCGGUCGUGCUCCAGAUCCUUUCAAUAUAGACGGGACAGUGGCGGCGGAAGGGCCAGCAGGGACAGCGCUCGUCUUCGAAAGUCGACUUUGGCACGCCACGGGUCCAAACAAAAUGACGAGUGGGGAACGGCCGGUGAUUCUCAUGUUCUUCAUGCGAUCCUUCAUCCGGCAACAGGAAAACAACUUCCUAUCAAUCCGACCCGAGGUCGAGGCCAGCAUGUCGGACCGUGUUCGCAAGAUGUUGGGAUGGUGUGCAGAUGGGGCAUUUGGUGGCAUCGAGGGCGAGAUUCGAGAAGGACAGUUUGUCAAGAAGCUCGCCAACCCGUUUGGGCCUUUCAGAGACUCGCACCGGUACACGCCGUUCCGAAUGGAUAUGAGAGCAAAAGACGUCAGUGGUGUCCGCACUGCCGAGCUUGUUGGAAACCGAGCAAUGUGA